AUGGCGGCUCUGCUCCUGGGGUUGCUCUACCCGGGCUUGGCCCGAGCGCCUUCGGGGGCGGGGCGAUGGCGGGGGUACCGUGGGGGCCCUGGAACGCAGAGCUCCGCUGUGAGAGUCAGGUUCGCCCCGAGCCCCACAGGCUUCAUGCAUUUGGGAGGCCUACGCACUGCCUUAUACAACUAUCUCUUUGCCAAGAAAUACAAAGGGAGUUUCAUCUUAAGGUUGGAGGACACAGAUCAAACUCGCCUGGUGCCUGGGGCUGCAGAGAACAUCGAGGAUAUGUUGGAAUGGGCAGGCAUCCCCCCUGAUGAAAGCCCUCGACGUGGAGGUCCUGCUGGGCCCUACCUGCAAUCUCAACGCCUAGAUCUGUAUGCCCAAGCUAGUGAGGCACUGUUGCGGACUGGGGCUGCUUACCGUUGCUUCUGUACACCCCAGCGACUGGAGCUGCUGAAAAAAGAGGCCUUAAGGAACCAUCAGACACCACGGUAUGACAAUCGGUGUCGGCACCUGAAUCCUGAGCAUGUAGCCAGGAAACUGGCAGAGGGGGCCAAGCCAACUAUCCGCUUCCGUCUAGAGGAGGGAGCUGAGACUUUCCAGGACCUGGUGUAUGGCUGGAACCGGCAUGAAGUGGCCAGUGUUGAGGGUGACCCAGUGAUCCUGAAGAGCGAUGGCUUCCCCACUUAUCACCUGGCCUGUGUGGUGGAUGACCAUCAUAUGGGCAUCAGCCAUGUCCUUCGAGGAAAGGAGUGGCUUGUCUCUACUGCUAAGCAUCUACUUUUAUACAGGGCCCUGGGUUGGGAGCCACCCCACUUUGCCCAUUUGCCUCUGCUUCUCAAUAAGGAUGGCAGCAAGUUGUCUAAGCGGCAAGGGGACAUCUUUCUGGAACACUUUGCUUCAAAGGGCUUUCUCCCAGAGACUUUAUUAGACAUCAUCACUAAUUAUGGCUCAGGGUUUGCAGGGAACCAGAUGGGGAGGACGCUGCCAGAGUUGAUAGAACAGUUUGAUUUAACUGGGGUCAGCACCCACUCAGCUCUUCUGGAUCUGGAAAAACUUCCUGAAUAUAACAGGCUGCAUUUGAUUAGAUUGUUGAAUGACAAGGCUCAGAGGCUCCAGCUUGUGAAGAAGCUUCGGGUCAUGGUGGAGGACGUAUAUGGAGAGCAGCUGGAGGACAGGGAUGUCCUCAGUGAGGAAUCCAUAGACAGAAUUCUUUUGUUAGGACAGGGGCGCAUCAGUCUCUUGCAAGACUUGGUCUCACCAGUGUAUUCCUACCUGUGGAUUCGCCCUGCUGUGGCUAAAGCACAGCUUCAGACCAUCUCAGGAGAAGUGGAUGUGAUUGCUAAGCUGGUCCUAGGGUUGUUGGAAACACCUGGCAUAUUUCUCACUCAGGAGGUGUUGAACCAAGAGCUGAAAAAACUGUCAGAGAAGACAGAAGGUGUUGAGUAUGUCAGAAUGAUGAAACUUCUUCGCAUGGCACUCACUGGACAGCAGCGUGGCCCAACUGUUGCAGAGAUGAUGAUGUCCUUGGGACCAAAGGAAGUUCGGGAACGGAUACAGAGGGUGCUUUCAAACUAGGAAGAUUUUCAGGAUGGAUGCACAAAGACUGCUGAUGAACCACCUUUUUGGA